CGCCGCAGCCCCGGCGGCCGAGGGAGCCCGCGGAGUGGCGGCCCGUGCCCGGCGCGGCGUGCGGAGCGGACUGAGCGGCCCGGCUGAGGUGGAGGAUCGAUUUGUGCAAACAGUGCCUCUUCCUGUCUGAUCUCCGUGCUUCCCCGUGUUCUCCGGCUGGGACUUCUGGAGCAGGCGGAGGCCGUGUUCCAGCAGCGGCGGUAGCCAGCGGGCGCUCCUCGUCUUCUGACUUCAGCCCCAGCGCCUCUCGUGUUUCCUCUCAGACAGAAACAGUCUCCGCCAGUCAAGAAACCCUCAAAAGUAUUUUGCCAUGGAUUUAGAAGAUGAAGAAAACAUGAGUUCAAGCAGCACAGAUGUUAAGGAAAACUGCAAUCUGGACAACAUGCCCCCCAAGGACGGCGGCGCACCGGGGCCUGGCGAGGGCGCCCCGCUCUCCAACGGGGGCGGUGGGGGCGCCAGCAGGAAGCGGCCCCUGGAUGAGGGCAGCAAUGGGCACGCCAGGUUCCGCCUGAAGAAGAGGAGGAGGACGCCAGGGCCCGCCCUGCCGAAGAAUGCCCUGAUGCAGCUGAACGAGAUCAAGCCGGGCCUGCAGUACAUGCUGCUGUCCCAGACGGGGCCCGUGCACGCGCCUCUGUUCGUCAUGUCCGUCGAAGUGAAUGGGCAAGUCUUUGAGGGCUCUGGCCCCACAAAGAAGAAGGCCAAACUGCAUGCUGCCGAGAAGGCCCUGCGCUCUUUCGUGCAGUUCCCCAACGCCUCCGAGGCCCAUCUGGCCAUGGGGAGGACCCUGUCCACCAACACGGACUUCACGUCUGACCAGGCCGACUUCCCUGACACGCUCUUCAACGGCUUUGAGACCCCGGACAGGUCGGACGUGCCCUUCUACCUGGGUUCCAACGGUGAUGACUCCUUCAGUUCCAGCGGAGACCUCAGCUUGUCGGCGUCCCCGGUGCCCACGAGCCUGGUCCAGCCUCCCCUCCCCGUGCCACCGCCGUUCCCACCCCCAAGCGGGAAGAACCCCGUGAUGAUCCUGAACGAGCUGCGCCCAGGACUGAAGUACGACUUCCUCUCAGAGAGCGGGGAGAGCCACGCCAAGAGCUUCGUCAUGUCCGUGGUCGUGGAUGGGCAGUUCUUUGAAGGCUCGGGAAGGAACAAAAAGCUCGCCAAGGCCCGGGCCGCACAGUCCGCCCUGGCAACCAUCUUUAAUUUGCACUUGGAUCAAACGCCGUCUCGCCAGCCCAUCCCCAGCGAGGGCCUUCAGUUACAUUUACCACAGGUGUUAGCGGAUGCUGUGGCCCGCCUGGUUCUGGACAAGUUUGGUGAUCUGACGGACAACUUCUCCUCCCCUCACGCACGCAGAAAAGUUCUUGCCGGAAUCGUCAUGACGACAGGCACAGAUGUUAAAGAUGCCAAAGUGAUAAGUGUUUCCACAGGAACAAAAUGUAUUAAUGGCGAAUACAUGAGUGAUCGCGGCCUUGCAUUGAAUGACUGCCAUGCGGAAAUAAUAUCUCGAAGAUCCUUGCUUAGAUUUCUUUAUACACAACUUGAGCUUUACUUAAAUAACAAAGAUGAUCGAAAGAGAUCCAUCUUUCAGAAAUCAGAGCGAGGAGGCUUUAGACUGAAGGAGAAUGUGCAGUUCCAUCUGUAUAUCAGCACCUCUCCAUGCGGAGAUGCCAGAAUUUUCUCCCCGCAUGAACCACUCCUGGAAGAACCAGCAGACAGACAUCCGAAUCGUAAAGCCAGAGGACAGCUGCGGACGAAAAUAGAGUCUGGCGAGGGGACGAUUCCAGUCCGAUCGAAUGCAAGCAUCCAGACGUGGGACGGGGUGCUGCAGGGGGAGAGGCUGCUCACCAUGUCCUGCAGCGACAAGAUGGCGCGGUGGAACGUGGUGGGCAUCCAGGGAUCCUUGCUCAGCAUCUUUGUGGAGCCGAUUUACUUCUCGAGCAUCAUCUUGGGAAGCCUCUAUCACGGGGACCAUCUCUCCAGGGCCAUGUACCAGCGGAUCUCCAACAUCGAGGACCUGCCCCCUCUCUACACCCUCAACAAGCCUCUGCUCAGCGGCAUCAGCAACGCGGAAGCACGGCAACCGGGGAAGGCGCCCAACUUCAGUGUCAACUGGACGGCGGGCGACGCGGCCAUCGAGGUCAUCAACGCCACGACAGGGAAGGACGAGCUGGGCCGUGCCUCCCGCCUGUGUUCCCUCCAACCUACUACGCUCCAAGAUCACCAAACCCAACAUGUACCACGAGUCCAAACUGGUAGCGAAGGAGUACCAGGCUGCCAAGGCGUGUCUGUUCAAAGCCUUCAUCAAGGCGGGCCUGGGCGCCUGGGUGGAGAAGCCCACAGAGCAGGACCAGUUCUCCCUCACCCCCUGACCGGGGCCGAGGCCGGGCUGCCAGGCGUACAGCGUCGUCCUGGAACCUCACAUCUGAACUGGGACAGGCGCGGGGCAGGGGCUGCUGCGCGUCCAGCACUGUCCCUGGAACCUCAUCUGACCUGGGGGCAGGCAUGGGGGAUGUGGGGGUGCCAGGCAUCCAGGGCUGUCCCCGGAACCUCAUCUGACCUGGGGACAGGCAUGGGGAUGUGGGGCUGCCGGGCAUCCAGCGCUGACCAGCAGACCCUCACAUCUGACCUGGGGCAGGCGCGGUCUGGGGAGGGUGUGGGAGGUGUUGGGGUCUGGCGUCAGGGCCAGGCGUUGCCGCCUGGUGUCUCUCUGCGGCAGCGUUCCCCCUGUGGAUCAUCCAGUAACUGCUUCGAUCUCAGUUUACGUUUAGAAGUUGAGUUCUACUGAGUAGGACUUCCUUAAGUUUAGGAAAAUAGAAAUUACUUUGUGUGAAAUUCUUGAAUAAUUUAUUCAGAGCUAGGAACCUGGUUUAUAAAAUAAGAAGUAAUUAUGUCAGGUCACUCACACCACAUUAUUUUAAUUGCAAAAAAGCGUUUCUAUAUGGAGGAGGUGAGGACGUAGAGAUAGAAGUAGUAACCUAAAGAACUGUCGGGCAUGUUGACACGAGGUCCCUUGUCCCCGUCGGUACUUCCAUGAUGGAGCUCCCACCACAGGUGUCAGCCUGCCCCGGGAGGAGACUCCCGCAUGAUGGGGCCAACCCUCCAUGCACACGAGUCUGCAGUGCGCUGACCCGGCUGUGUGUCCCGUGGAGUCACGGCCCAGGUCCCUGUAGCCUUCAGCCUCCUCUAGAAGCUUCUGUGCUCCUCGUAGGAUCAUAUCGUGGAAAACUUUUCUUGGUUUACUUCUAAAUAAUCAAAGAUAAAACAUGGCCAGUAACCCUGGCCAUUCAUUUGGAUUUUUUAAACAGUAUUUAACUUGUAGGGACUAGAAGGAAUCCACAGUGCCUGCUGCACAAUAAACUCCCUCUUCCUUCCUCUGAAUCUAGUGGACAGGAAUGGCUGUCCACAGAUCUUCACAGGAUGGAAGUAGCAUUAAUUAAGUAGAUGUUCAUUCUUGGAAAACGCCACGUAAGGCGUAUUUUUAAAUUAUUCUUUCCGGCUUUAUCAAAGAUGUGUUUGAAAAAUAAGUAUUCAGGCUGCCAGCUGGUGGGACAGCGUGCCACUGGCAUAGUCUCAACCAGGGUCCGGAUGUUGAUUCUCACGGCAGGGAAGGGGGUGCUGCUGGCGUCUGGGGGGACCCCAGGAUGCUGCUCCGCACCCGACAGCACACAGGACGGCCCCGGGCAGGCUGAGUCAACCGGAAGGUGGGGCACGCGGUCAGGCCCCUGGCGGCCCGCCUCCACCCGGCCUCAGAGGGUCGCACCACUUGCCUUGUGCUUCCACUCAGGAUCAGGGGAACUGGAGAGAGGGCUUCCUGCCCUUUGCCCAUUCAGUGCCAAUUCGUGGUUCUAAAGGGGGUCUCUUGGGUGCUGUAGGCAGAGACGAAGGCAGACCCCACCCCACGGCGAAGUCCAGGAUGUCGACACCUGUGCGGCAUCGAGCUGUGUCCUGUGUCCUUUACGGGCUCAGAAAAUGCAGAACAGGAGCAGAGCAGCUACUGUCAUUCUGGCCCACACCCGUGUACUCAGAGCGGGAGGUUUAGACCCGGAGCGCCGUGCCUUCUGAUGUCUCCUUGUGUCCACACGGAGCGGCAGGGGUGGCACGUUGCCGGCGACUGACUUGGGUCAGAGAACGAGGGGCACCCACACCAGCCUUCUCCUCUUCUGCAGGGUGGCUGCUCGUCCUGAACCAGUCAGAGCUCGGGGCUCAGGCACCCCAUCGCCACGGUGGGGUCUGGUUUGGUUAGAAUGUGCUGGAGUUUUCUUUGCACCUAUAAAAGGAAAGGGGUCUGGUGGGUCGCUGCCUUCCCCAGAGUAGGCUCUUGCACACUCGGAAAAACAUCUUGUGAGUCUCUGCAUUUUUAUUCUUAUCUCUAUAAAUGGUAUUUUUUCUAAUGGGGAUUGGGAGAUGGACUUAGUUUUUAAAAAAAAAAAAAGUGGAUUUUGGUUACAAAGUCCAGUGGAAAUAUAUUCCAUGUACAUACGAACAAAAAAAUCAGUAUGUCUAGCGUGUUCCCUUCUGUCAGAUAAUAGCUGGAAUCAGCCUGAGUCUCCCCUCCCCACCCCAGGUAAACAAAUGCCUUACUGUGCGUGGGUGGCUCCCAGCGGACCCAUGAGCUGUGUGCUGCCACCUUCCCCAGGUGGGGUUUGUGGACUGUCCAGGCCAGGCCGACGCAGGGCUCACGUCCGAGGAAGCCCAGGCCUGGGGAGGAAGGCGGCAGAGGGUCGGUCAGGGAGGGGUGGGGAGCCCCGGGCCGGGAGGGAGCAGAGCCUCCAUCUAUGAGUCAGGCCCCAGGCCGGGGACAGGAGGCCUGCACAGCCCCUGCUCCUGGGACAGGACAGCUGGCACAACUCAUCCGUAAAGCAGAAAAAAGAAGGAAGUGUUGCUCGUCCGUGAGACAAAUCAGGACACUUAGCACUUUAAACUCCCCUCUGAGCGCAUGCUGUGCAUUAUAUACAGUACAUUAUAUCCUUCAGGUCUUAUUUUGCAUCCAAUAUCCUUAUUCUGGAUUUCAGAGACUUAACAGAAAAUUUGAUACGACCAAGAACUUGAUUUUUUGAGAAAAAUCGUAAAUUUUGAGGACAUUUGACCAGUGUGGGUUGGGAGGAUUUCUGUUCCGUUCUGUUAUCCAAACCUGAAGUGUUAAUUCCACAAAGACCCUGGCCCUUCUGCAGUGCUCAGGCCGGUGGGCAGCUGUCCUGCCAGCCGGACGGCCCGAGUUGUGGAGGUCUCAGGAGGGGCCGAGGGUGGGGCAUGUCCUCGCAGCCACGUCCAUUGGCCCUGACCGCUUCCUCAGGGUCAGGUCUCCCCUCUUCCAGGCGAGGGACGCCAGUGGACUGCGAUUUUGGUUCUGAGUCUUAAUUGAACUUUUCCUCAUCUUUUCCUAUUGGAGAUUUUUCUAGUAAUGAAAACAAAUUUUAUUUUAAAAUGUACGAGCCAACAUCUCACAAGGCAUUGGUUUCUCUGGAAUUUAUUUUUAGUCAAAUAAUUUUGUUGGUCUGCACUGUGGAAUCACUGCUCCCUCUGUGAAGGCAGCGUCCCCGCCGGGCCGCCCACUGUUUUCAGAAAAAAAAAAAUACAACAUGGAUGAAUCACUUUCAUUUCUAAAAUAUUUUACACCAAAAUAUAAAGUCUUCCCCAACCAUACAUUUGAUCCAGCGUGAGAAAUGAAGUUAGCUAGGUUUCCCAUCUCUAAAUUCUAUUAAAUUAGAGAAGCUCUCAAAACGUUUCUUUUUAUCAACUCUAAACUAUUUAAAUGAAAAGAGCAGAGUAUUUGUGAUCAUGUGUCCAGUUUUGUGUGUCCUUGUCCCCUGGUGUGUCCUGUGACCACCUCUCCCUAACCAGGUGCCAGCCCUCGGCGCAUGGUUCCUUGUCCACUUGCUGGGGAGGCGGAGGGGAGGGUCUGGCUGAUCCUGUUUCUGGCAGCGCCGCCUGCACUUCAUCCACUGUUGGGGGGGAUGAGCCCGCAGCCCCAAGAACACUUAUUUUGGCCACAGUGUGGGCUGAUGGUGCAUCAGGAACUGGGGGCUGUCCUGGACUUGACCGUGAGUGGUUACAGGCACAGAGUGGAAUGUUCAUGGAGUGAGCCCCAAAAGCUGUUUGCUUCUCCAGACUUUAUCAUGCUUUUAAUUUUAUUUUAGAAUUUGGACACUUUAUGUGAAUGUAAUUCAGCCAAGAAACCUGUUGCUAAGACACACUCCUCGGUGUUCUCUGUCUGUACAUUGAUGUAUAUACCACACGUUACAGCCUGCAUGAGCUUCCUCUCGCACCGAGACCAGCCAGAACCGAGCAUGAGACGCUGUCACAUAGACAAAGGACUUGAGACGUUCUCAAUAAAAAACAAAGUGUUUCACUA